UUUUUUUGUUUAUUAUUAUUAUUUUCUAAUUCUUCUCAAACAUGGACACCAUUACCAACCGAUUAGGUCUACAAUCUUCCAAAGUCGAUGAAUCUCGAGAGAAUCAAGCUGAGAUUCUUGAUGAACAAGAACAAGAACAAUUGUUACAGGACUUGCGAAAACAAAAUGAAGAAUCCAACUUGAUGAUUCAAUCUGGUUUACUUUUUGUAGGUGUUCUUGUCUGUGCCAUAUUUAUUGUCUAUCUCUAUGAAGUGUAUACUCAUGAAGAUUUUACUAAAGGAGGUAGAUUACCUUUUCCCUUCUUAUCAACUCCGGUAUCAUCUCAAGUGGGGUUACCUUAUCUUGGUGUCUUGCUUAGUAUUGGUUCUCUAUUAGCAACAAUGGCAACGUUGAUGUUGACCUGUCGGGUGACUUUUUCUGAUCUAGUACAUAUGAGUCCUUCACAACGUGGUACGGGUCAACUUCAUCUGACUGGAAGUAUAUCAUCAAUAGCUAUGGGAUCAGUGAUGCCUUUGUUAUGUCUCUUUAGUAUCAAGGUAACCUGGGUAGAAGUGAUUUUUUGGUUGUUACCAUUGAUGAUGUUGGCUAUGGAUUUAUUGGCGAUAUAUAUGAUGGGACAAGUGAAUGCUGACUUUACUGAAUUGGAAAAAUCAAGAUACAAGUAUAAGGGUGCCUGAUAUGUAUUGAUAUUCUUGGAUAGAUAGAUAGAAAAUCUGUGAUUGAUAUGUAUAUAUAUGUAUAUCUCUUUAUAUAGUGUAGUUUUACUUUGAUACCUUUUUUUUUUUUUUUUUUAUUUUUU